CUAUUCCUUCAAUUAUUAUUCAUUUAAUUCAAUUUCACACACACUCCCUAUUAUUUCAUCUAAUAGGGCUUCCAUUUCAUUCGUGUUCUUCUACCUCGCAACUUUUCCAAUCUUCAUAUAAAUCUUUUCUACCUUAUUUCUAUCCUAAAGUUUCAUCAACUCAGGUUUAGGAUGUCUGAAACUUCCAAAGUUAUUCAUGUUCGCAAUGUGGGCCAUGAAAUCACAGAGAAUGAUUUACUUCAGUUGGUUCAACCAUUUGGGUCUGUCACCAAGUUAGUGAUGCUACGUACCAAGAACCAGGCAUUACUCCAAAUGCAGGAUGUGGCAACAGCAAUUAAUUUGGUGGAUUACUAUACAAAUGUUCAGCCUAAUGUGAGGGGACGGAAUGUUUACAUGCAAUUUUCUUCGCAUCAAGAAUUGACAACAGAUCAGACUCAAGGACGUAAAAGUGAUACGGAUGGACAACCAAAUCGUAUUCUUUUGGUCAGUAUACAUCAUGUCAUUUAUCCCAUGACAGUUGAUGUUCUCAAUCAAGUGUUUUCUCCCUAUGGGUUUGUGGAAAAAGUUGUUACAUUCCAGAAGUCAGCUGGUUAUCAAGCUCUCGUCCAGUACCAAACACGCCAGAGUGCUGCUUCUGCAAUGAGUGCCCUUCAUGGACGUAAUAUAUAUGACGGAUGUUGUCAGCUAGAUGUACAAUACUCAAACCUUACAGAGUUGCAAGUGAAUUCCAAUAAUGAUCGAUCGAGAGAUUUUACAAACCCAAAUCUUCCUUCGGAACAGAGAGGCAGAAGCUCACAAUCUGGUUAUGGUGAUGCAGGGGGGCUGUUUCCAUUCCAACCUACUGGGAGUGGUGCAGUUGCAUAUGGACAGAUGGGAAAUGCAGCAGCCAUGGCGGCUUUUUCUGGUGGCCUUCCUCCUGGUGUUAGUGGGACCAAUGACAGAUGUACUGUCAUAGUAUCUAAUCUAAACCCUGAUAGAAUAGAUGAAGACAAGCUGUUCAAUCUAUUUUCGCUGUAUGGCAACAUUGUAAGGAUUAAACUUCUUCGAGGCAAACCUGAUCAUGCCCUUGUCGAAAUGUCCGAUGGUUUUCAAGCUGAACUGGCCGUUCACUUCUUGAAGGGAGCAAUACUGUUUGGGAAAAAGAUAGAGGUGAACUUCUCCAAGUAUUCAAACAUAACACCAUCACCAGACACCCGUGACUACCAGAACUCGAACCUAAAUCGUUUCAACCAUAACGCAGCAAAACACUAUAAAUACUGUUGUUCGCCCACCAAAAUGAUUCACCUAUCAAGUGUCCCUGAAGAUGUAAGUGAGGAGGAGAUUGUUGAGCUGAUUGAGGAACACGGUCAGGUUGUCAAUACCAAGGUUUUCGAGGCAAACGGCAAGAAGCAAGCCUUAGUUCAAUUUGAGACUGAAGAACAAGCAACUGAAGCCCUUGUUUCCAAGCAUGCUACUUCUGUAUGUGGAUCGAUCGUCCGUAUCUCUUUCUCCCAAUCACAAAGCACUUGAAACUAAUCGGCUGCUUAUACCCUUAUUACCAAUGCCAUCUAAUAGGGCGUGCAAAGCAGACCAACAGCACAGGGCCCCGCUUUUUAGUGGGCCCAAAAGUCUUAUUACCCUUUUGGGUUCUAAUUAUUAGGGAACUUCCCAGUUUUUGUUUUUAUUUUCCUUCUAUAUGUAUCCUAAUUUUACUCACAUUUAUCAUAAUUUCAAGUGGGUGUAAUAUUGUAACUAUUGAUUGAGGUUGCCAUUUGGGUGCAAUAUUUGGUAUUGCCUUGUUCAUGUUUGCUCAGAUCAGUUAGACAUCCUAUUGAAUUAAAGUUGGUAGAAUUUUGAGUCCA